GAUAGCCAAAAGAAGUGCAGCGGUUCGGUUUUAGCAACCGGUUGUAAUAAACAAAUUUACCUAGUACCUAGUAGUGUGUGCAAUAAUUUAGUAGUUAAACUUCAACAGACAAAUUAUACGAAACACAAAUAAAUAUAGUGGUAGUGCAUACAAUAACCAGUAGCUUAAAAGAAAUUUUCACUGUACACCUAGAAGUUCUAGAAUUACAUACAAGUGAAACACUAGUAUAAAUAAAUAAAUAUGUAGGUAAAAGUGAAUACCUACAAAAAUUGCACAUUUCUUUGUCAAUCUUCAAUUCUAAAUUCUUAUCGUUCCUUCAGAAUGCCUACAUCUUUUUAUAUAAAAAAAAGAAAAUAUUCUUCAAAACCUACAGCCAAGCGAAAAUCGAUUUUUCAAAAAUCCUGCAACAGCAGCAGCGGGAAAAAAUUAUAAUGUGAAAAUACCAACACUUGACACUUUACCAAUGCAACAGUGAUAAGAAAUAGCGACAUAUCUUUGUAAAUAGGAAACUACAACAUAGCAUUUCCUGCAAACAUUGACGUUUGUGUUUAUAUUUAUAUUGCGCAGGCGUGCUCUCACCCCUCUAGAUAGUAGUAACAGCAAUGGCAUUUCUACAUAACAUAUUUAUGUAUGUACAUACAUAUGUAUUUGUAGUAGGUGUGGUGGAUUAAAUGGGUUCAAAUAAAAUAGCAACGAUGUCAGUGUCUUUUAAAGUUUGCCCUCGUGUGGACAAGCCUAAACGGAGCCGUCAUCCUUUUUACAACGGAUUUUGAGUGUCGAGUUCUGUGCAAAUAUAAAGCGUCGAUCUGCAAACUUCAUAUGCCUUAAAAAUGCAUAGUAGCACAAAUUGAGGAAAAAAUUCCAAAAUCUUCUAAACUCAAACUUCAACUAAAACAAGAGUUUUAAAAUCGUCAAUGCUCGCCGUAUAUGUAUGAUUGAAUACUUACCAUUAACGAGCUCAAAGUAUAACCAUCAUACUUGUUUGGCAGAAUGCAUCUGCAUUUCGAGCGCAAUGUGAAUACAAAAUGUGAUUGCACAAUCCUAUCGCUCUCAUGGAUGGGCAAAGUUCCUGAUGACAUACCAGAGGAGGAAGGUUGGAAAUUAAAUCGAACAAAUUAUUACCAAGAGGGAUGGCUGGCUACAGGAAAUAUACGUGGCAUUGUCGGUGUAACAUUUACAACUUCACACUGUCGCCGAAAUAUGGACUUUCCUCUGCGUACCAAUUACAACCUGCGUGGACAUCGAUCAGAUGUAAUCUUGGUUAAAUGGAAUGAACCAUAUCAGAAACUUGCAUCGUGUGAUAGCUCCGGUAUUAUAUUUGUAUGGAUAAAGUACGAAGGACGAUGGUCAAUCGAAUUGAUCAACGAUCGCAACACACCCGUUACAUAUUUCUCCUGGUCACACGAUGGACGAAUGGCACUCAUAUGUUAUCAAGAUGGCUUCGUGCUGGUCGGUUCCGUAGCCGGUCAACGCUACUGGUCGUCAAUGCUAAAUCUGGAGUCAACCAUUACUUGUGGCAUUUGGACGCCAGACGAUCAGCAAGUGUACUUUGGCACCACGCAGGGCCAGGUGAUCGUUAUGGAUGUGCAUGGCGCGAUGGUGUCGCAGGUGCAGCUUUGCAAUGAUGUCGGCAUAACAUCAAUGGCAUGGUCGUGUGAAAAAUUCAAAAUGGAAGAGGGCGAGGAAUCCGAGCCAGGUGUUACCAAUGCCUCUAAGCGUUCUUUUGUUUUGGCUGUUAGCUUCCAAAAUGGUUUUAUCUAUUUGCUGAAGUCAUUCGAUGAUGUUUCGCCUGCACAUAUCAACACUGGGCUAAGUGGCAGCCUAGGCAUGGUUAUGGAAUGGAGUAAUUCACGUGAACUACUUGCUGUCGCAGGCACAUCGCAAACUUCGUUAAAUAUAGUCGAUCCGCAAGGUUCACCGCUUUAUGAAAAUCUUCUAAAAUUUUACACAGAAUCUGGAAAUAUUUUAUACCAGACACGCUUACCAAAUACCUCUUCGCCGGUGUCUGCGCUGACGUGGGGUCACAACGACAAACGUCUAUUUAUUGCGACCGGCACCCAAGUGCAUAUUGCCUGGGUAUCGAGACGUAUAGCAUCACUUCAGCUUUUAUGUCGCCUACAAAUACAAUCCUGCAUUGGUUCGGAGCGCACCUUGCCACUCUUACCGUUGCCAUCACGUAUUAGGAGUCUGAUUGGCAAUCUUUUUGCUCAAACAAUAAGAUGCUGUGUACCUGAUUUAAAAUCUUUACGCGAGUUCGUCUCCCGACCACCAAUGUGUUCGACACGUUUGCAUUGCACUAUGAUUCGACACGACGAUGACGCGAACCAAAGUACGGGCACAUGCUAUACACUCUAUUUGGAGUAUUUGGGUGGUCUCGUACCAUUGCUUAAAGGAAAACGCACUUCCAAAAUACGUCCAGAAUUUGUUAUAUUUGAUCCACAAGCGAAUGAUUCCCCGGUAUUUUUUCAAUACUCGCCGGAGUGGAAAAGUUCAUCCGGAUCGAGCCAAUCCACCACCACCGGACAAAGUGGAAGAACUGAUUCUUCCGAUAGUGAGUUUGAAGAACGAUAUCGUGGCUCGCCGCGUGGUCAACGUCAACGAAAAACACGUCAGAAGAAACGCCAAAGCCAAAGCAAUGGUGAUAAGCAUUCAAUGAGCACCACUGCUGAUCAGGAUAGCUUGGAUGAACUGGCAUAUGUGGAUACACUUCCUGAAGAGGAAAAACUGGUUGAGGUCACCUCAAAUAUAUGGGGUACCAAAUUUAAAAUUCAUGGACUUGCUAAAACCGUCCCAGCCAAUUUAGGCCAAGUAACGUAUAAAACGUCCUUAUUACACCUGCAGCCAAGGCAAAUGACACUAGUAAUAACUGAAUUGCGUGAUGACUUUCCUUCGGGGCCGGAUCCGAGUUUUAAUCCGAACAUUUUCUCCGAAGAUGAAGAUGAAGCAGCUCUACUCAAUGGCAUCAAGAGAAAUAGCAACAAUUACGGUCAAAUACCCGUGAAAAAUGCUGAAGCUCAAGGAAAACCUGUAACAUCAACAGCCCAACGCCGCCUAAACGAUUCAUCUCCACCCAUUGCACCGAUGUCACCACGACCUAAUCACAUAUUGGCACGACACAAAAACUCAUUAAAUAACAAUGCUACGCAGUCUUUGACAAUGGGUACCGGCAUAAGCCCCUUAGCCAAAGCUGAGUCCUACGAUGAUGAUUCCUCAACUGAGUCGCAAGAUGUAAAUGGUCACCACAAUGGCGCUAGAGCAGCACCACCAACUAGUACCCUAAUUCAUGCCACCAAUGGAUCAAAUAACAGCAAGCUUAUGCGUCCGAAAAAUAUUACUGCCACCACGCCGGGAAUUCGCAAUAGUUUAGGGCCAGGUUACAGCAGCUUUAAAAAUAAUUACAGUCGUUCUAGUUCAAAUUCCAGCUGCCAGUCACGCCACGCAAUAUCACCUCUGUACUGUGACGGCUCGGUACCAACACUGCAAUCACCCAAAAAUGCCGUUGCCCCAACCGACAUAAUAUUCGAGCGCCCAGCUGUAUCGGGUACUGGUCAAACCACAGUAAUGUCUUAUUCGACCAACACCGAUUACACCAACAACGUUGUACAAGUAAAAAACGCUUUACUACCCGAAUUAAUUCGAUCUACAAAUAGUCACGUAAAUCCGGUGCCAUUAAACCUUAAUUUGAACCUUGAACGAAUGGAUGCAAGACUGAAAACUUGUGCGAGUGGUAGUAAUUUCACAACAGUUACUAACACGGCUAGCACCAAUAACACUAAACGGCGAGAUAUGCUAUAUAUAGACGAAGAAACACAGUCGCCCACGCAACAACCAUUGAUACCCAUCACGCCCUUAUCGACUACACCGGUGGAAGUUCGCAUGAAACGUACAACUACGAUAGUCUCCAUAGCACCGGCUCUACCCGAUUCGAUAACUCGUAGUUGUAGCGUUGGUUAUUUAGAUUCGGUUGCUAUAACACCGUCCGACGAAGCUUUGAUGGCCUUGCGAAGAGACGCACCCAAUAAGCGUUUAAUAUUAGUGGACAAGCGUAGAACCAGGAAAAAGCGGUUGAAUAAUGAGGAUUCACGUAAACCAAAACUGGAAAAGUCGGGCAAGUCAAAAAGUCUUGAUUCCUGUGAUUUAGUCUUCAGUCAAACGAAGCUAACUAGCAAGGACCUUGAGAAAACUACACGUAAACUUCAAGAAAUAGCUGAAGGUAACACCAGCAGCAACGAAACUAACCUCCCAGCAAACUGUUUCAAAUGCCAUCGUGGUGCUAAUCCCUCCGUGCUGUGCAAACAAUGUCAGACGGCCAAGCUGACGGAAGCCGAUCCAAAAAAGGAAGAAACGAUACGUUUUGUAUCCACCCCACUAAAGAAAGACUUCUCUUUAGAAAGCAUGUACAAAGAUCAGCAACAACAGAAACAAAUACAGCAGCAGCAACAACGGAAAAAGGGCGGUACACCGCGAAAGAAAAAAUUGGAUGUAAUCACUAGUUUCACCGAUAGUCCACUGUUUACACGAAAGCAUAGAUUCGGCAUCAGAAGUAAAAGCAAAGAGACAGGCAGUAGUAGUGAAACAAAUACGGAAAGCUCAACGCCACUUUUGGGACGUAAAAAUGAAAAUAGUUUUAGUUUUGUUAAACAAUUAACAGAGGCACGCUGGCGUCGUAAAGAGGCACAAAGUAAUUUAAAUACUGUUAAACCUCCGGAUGAUCAUUUAGGACAAACACAAGGCGUAGUAGGCAUCAAUGGAAAUGCUGUUGAGGUAACGCCUGUGGAAGCAAAAGCUUCAGUCUCAUUGCAAGCGCAGGCACUUACAACCCUAGAGAAUAUCAUCAGCCGUUUGCGCGACCUCGAUGAAGGUCGUCUCACACCGCCUGCUACGCCACAGCGCCUGCCGCGAAGCUCUCCAGCUUCGCCAGCUGCCAGCAAAAAGAACAAGCGCCAAAGUAGCUCCCCCAUUCGUCACAUACUAAAUUCACCUCUGCUUAAUCGGCGAUAUCGUAAAAAACAAUGUCUCAUAGAAAGUUCAGAUGAUGAAGGCAACGGAACAAAUGGGUCAGGCGAAGAAAACGGCGGCGCCAAUUACAAUAAACAAUAUCGUGAUUUGGAAACAUUCCAAAAGGCACAACUACUUCAAAAGCUAAAACGUGGAAAAAUCGAGCCAAACGGUUCGUCCAUCUAUUCAAAUCCAGCUCCAGUGAGACGAGAAUUUGUUAUGCAUAAUAAAGCGCCGAUGUGGAAUGAGAUGAGCCAGGUGUAUCAGUUGGAUUUUGGAGGGCGUGUUACACAAGAAUCUGCAAAGAAUUUUCAAAUUGAGUUUCGUGGUAAACAGGUUAUGCAAUUCGGACGAAUCGAUGGCAACGCAUACACACUAGAUUUCCAAUAUCCGUUUUCCGCAUUACAAGCGUUCGCUGUCGCCUUGGCAAAUGUUACACAACGUUUAAAAUAAGCAAAUUAUUGGUUUAAAGUUGCAGCUAAUAUUGGAAAAAAAAUCAGUGAUUCUAAGUAUUAAGCUUAAUGAGGCCUAAAGUUUUGCUAUAUUUAUUUAUAUCAAACUUUUGUUUGCGCCUUAGAAAAUGUGUGUAUAAUUUUAAUGAAAGAAAGAUGAAAUUGGCUUGUAAUUUUAGUAGAUCUAUAAUAAUAAUAUUUGUAUCAUCAGUCAAUUCUUGCGGAUCCUCUCGAAAAAAAAAAAAUUAAAUUUUCGAUUAGGCGUGAAAGGGAUUUUUAUAGAUAUGCCGCCAUAUUUAUUAGAAAAUGAUAUUAAAAACCAUAUAUUAAUGUACAUACAAAUAAACAUACUUUUUUAUACUGCACCGCGUGCCAAAACAAAGGCAUCUCCUCAAGCACUAAUUUUAAUUAAAAUUUCUUUAAACACCUCAAUUGUAUCGAAUUUUAGAAGAACGAAAUAACGUUAGAAAACUAAAGGUUUGUUUUCAAUACGUCAAAUUCACUGGCAACAUACGUAUGUAUA